UUGCAGGCAACUGCAAAGGAGAUAGUAAUGUCCCCGGGAGCUCCGGCUCCAGUUCCACCUGCAAUGGAGGACGAGCGCACUGAACUCCUCGGGUCUCUGACCACGCAACAACAGCAGCGCACCAGCGCCAGAGUUAUCAAGAAGCUUCGACUGGAACCACCGGCUGACAAGCGAGAAACACCGGAGUGUGAAACACCAAACAAAGAUCUCGAUAAGGAAACUCCCGCAUUCCCGACGGUCAAACAGCGUAUGCCCAAAGCGCUUUGGUCGGCUGAUGAAAAAAGUCUGUUCUUCGAAGCUCUGAACGAGUAUGGCAAGGACUUCGACGCGAUCACCGCAUACAUCUGCGCUAAGAUGAAGAAGAAGGGCAUGCCGGAUGCGAAUCUGAAGACGAAGACCCAAGUCAGCCAUUUCUAUUACAGAACAUGGCAUAAGCUGUCGAAGCAUGUGCACUUUGAUGAGAAUGUGAAGAAAGUUGCGCAGGAGCUAUACGCGUUGAUAAACUACGGCGAGCUGCGGCGUAAGCUCGUGUCCGUGAACGAGAAGACGUGCGCACGGCUCGGCGAGAUGGUGCGCGGCGGCAGCAUGGCGGUGCGCGCGCGCGGCCGCACGUUGCGCGUGCGCACGCCCAUGUGCCGCGCGCUGCGCCGCCUUAACCACAUCGCAGAGCGUGCGUGCGGCGCGCGCGUGUGCUCGCGGCUGGUUGUGGCGCUGCGGGCGCGGUGCGCGGCGGGCUGGGCGCGCGUGCAGGCCGCCGCGCAUAACCCGCGCGCCGCCGCCGCGCUGCCGCCGCGCACGCGUCUGCGCGCGCUGCUCGCCGCGCUGCGUCGCCGCUGGCGCACAACCGACUAUAAUGAAGACAGUGCAACGGAGAACGGUUUAGUUUCGAAGGUGCCAGAAGAUUCAAAGGAAGAAGAAGACCAAGAAUUAUUGCGGAUUGGAGAAGAAAAAGAGGAUGACUUAGAGAAUCAUCUAAAUCUGGAGACUGACAGAGUAAUUGUUCAAGAACAACUCCGUCCGAAGAAGCUUGAGCUUCACUUAGGCCCGCGUCCGGGUGCAGAAAUUCACAUCCCAGUUGUAAGUCCCAGCGAGCCCCUCUCUAGCCAGAAGAUUUGUUUCUCGUCCUACUUGGAAAGGAUGGGGUCGUUGCCACGGGACAAAGAUGGCAAUGCGAAAAUAAGAACCCCAAAACGUCAAAGAAAGGAUAGCGUUUCAGAGAAAGAUGUAGAAAGUAAAAAAAUCAAAAUUGAAGACUCUGAAUCACAGAAAGUAGUACACAUAGACGAAACAGCAAUAGAUGGAAUAGAGCUAAUGGCGAGCUACAAACAUCUACAAGAAGAUGAAGAAAAGCCAAGUACAGAAGACGAAAAAGAGAUAAAGGCCGAGGAGACUGCCGAAGAAGAUAUAGAUAGGGAACCGGAAAGAGAUAAAGAUAUUAUGUCAGAAAAGGAAAAGGAUAGUUUUUCUGAACUAGAAGAUGACGAAAAGUUUAACAAAAGCGACACGGAUAACGAAAGUGACGGUAAAGUGGAUAAAAACGGAAAGGGGAGGAAGUUUAAAAAUUUGAAGGUAAAAUUUCGCAUAAGGCCUAAGAAACGCGGUGGCAGUUUGUACACCCUUGUAUUGGGAAAGGAAAAUGAAGAGAUCAAAUGCGAACAGGAACCUGCAAAGAUGGAAGAAGAACAGAAAUCUGAUAUUGAUAUAGAAACGGCCAUCAAGCAGGUCAGAAAAGGCUGGAGCAUUUACGAUGCAGGGGACCUGACUAUUGGCGACCUAUAUCUUAUGUUUGGCUCCCGGUCAAAACUUGAGUUAGAUUAUUGGUGGGCGGAACCCACUCCACCAUUACCACAACCCUUGCUUAAAGCACAGAAAAACACUGACACGGAAAAAGUACCUUCCACUUUAGACAAUGAUAAACAUACGGAGAAAAAAGAGAAAAUAGACAAGAUUCUUGAUAAAGGGAUUGAAGUUACUACUGAAGAUGAGAAAGAAAAAGCGAGAGAAAGUGACACAGAUAUUUUUUCUCCCAAGAAUACAUUCAGUCAAGAUAGUAAUGAUGGAAUAUCGGGCGACGAGAGAAAAAAUGAGCAGCAGGCGUCCCCGGAGCACAAGCCAGCAGCUCUAGGCUGUGGGACCCUGAAGCUGGUGUCCAAGCUGAUCAACCGGCCCACCGCACCACCGCCCGAAAGUGGGUUCAACCAAGUCAGUGACAGAUUGAAGCGGCUACUGGCGUUGGCGGGCAACCCGCUAGCGAAUGCGAGCGUCCCGCGCUGUGCCUGCGGGCACGUGUGCGCGCACCAACGGAAACAGAAGGCGGCGGCGUCGGCGUGCGGCGCGGCGCGCGUGGCGGCGGGCGGCGCGCCGGAGUUCCGUGCGCCCGCGCGCCCCGCGCGCCCCACGCCCAUCGCGCCGCGCCCCGAUACCGACGCGGGGCGCAGUGUGUGCCUGGAGGGGCUGCCGCGCUGGCGGCGGGGCCGGCCGCGGCUGGCCGCGCGACGCGUCGUUGUGCAGCGCCUGCUGCCGUUGCUGCCCAAGCUGCCGCCGCCCAGCAAUCUCAUCCCAGUGAAGAUCGUUCCCAACUCACCACCAGCGCCACCAAAAAUACUACCGAAGCCUCCUCCAACUUCCACUUCCGAUCUGUCCUUCUUCUACGUGCUGAGCGAGUCCAAUGGACAGUUCUUCUUCCACGAUGGCGAUCGAAGAAUCCCCAUCACACCGCUGCCUGGCAACGGUACCGAGGAGCAAGAUCAGGAAGAGGAGGAGCUAACGGAAGAUGAGGAUGUUAAAGAAUACAAAAUGGAUAUAUCCAGCACAGAGGUGGCCAAACCGAUGCCGCAAUCCCAAGAUACCUCCGUGACAAGUGACGCGUCUAAACCCAGCACGCUCAAAACUGAAAACUCAGAUAUUACCAGGGCGGGCGGCGGGGAGGGCGGCGCGGAGCUGCUGGCGGCGGAGUCGCUGUCGCUGUCGCCGUCGCGGCUGCUGCGCGAGGCGGACGGCUGGCUGGCGGCCGGACACGACUUCUCGCUCAGCAGCUUCCUCGGACACCUGGACGCCGACGACACGCACGCGCACCACCCCGAACUGCCGGUGGACUCUCAAUUACAAUCUCUAAUGGCGGAGUCGAGUAUGGACUACGUGGCCAAGUUCGCGGACCUCGCCGCGGAGGUCACCGAAGAGGUGGAGCCGCUUGAAAAGAAACUCACAUAG